GUAUGCAGGUGAGUUGUUUGCAGUGCAGGUCGGAAAAUUUGGUUGCUGUCUAUGUUCAGUUUUACUUAAGUGAAUUAUUUCUUUCAGAAUAAUAAUAGACAGCUCGAUAAGAUUGCGAGAAGGCGGGCAGCAGACACGAAAUACCCUAUUUUUUUUUUAUCUGUUCCCGAUCAACCUAUUACAGAAGGUUGAGGAAAAUAAAAGCACAGUUUACAAAGAAGUGUCAGUUACCGAGCUGUGACGAAGAGACAGACAAUCCAGUUGUCGUCACAGAAUCGCGUACUACCGUAGCUACAGAGCAGUGGGCUAAUAUUGUCACAGAUACAGCUACUGCUUCAUGUAGUCAUGUCCAGUGUUCAGACAACACAAUCAACGAAAUGUCCCCAGUCAUUCAUCUUUCGGUGAAAGACGAGUUAGACAAAAUGGUCAUUGAAAUGAAAGGUGGUUAUAUAAGCAUCAAGAAGGCUGAUCAAAUAUUGGACAUUUUCCGUGCGCGGUAUCCAGAACUUCCAACGUCCGUCCGAAGUGUUCUACGUCGAUGCAACGACGUGGAGCCUAAGAUCCUAGAUUCUGCAACGUAUUACCAUUUAGGAUUGAAAUCCAGUCUUUUGAGAAUUUCAGGACAUUGGCUUCGGCGAAUCCGUUUCAACGAAUUGCAGUUGCAGUUAAACUACAAUGUAGACCAGGAAUUAAAAGUGUGUUUAGCAACAGUACUGGGCUACAAUACUAACAUCACGACUAACGAUGAAACGCAGCCUUGUGACGCUAAAAAAACCAAAAAGAACUGUCAAACGAAAGCACAAGGAUUAUCUAUGCACCUCGGAAGAACUAGAGGUUGCUGAGGUUGAGGCUGGAUUUGCCGCGGUGGAAAUUCCAGUUGUCAACAUUUCAACAGGAACGUUUUCUCCGAUUGCGAGUUCAUCGAAAGCUGACCUUUCAUCACCAAUUCUACGUACGUCGACUGAAGGUGAUAAACUUUUGAGCGAUGAUAUACAUCACAUGUUCAGAAAUAUCCUAAAAGCGGUAACUGAACUAUCUAGCAAGAUGGACAGACUGAUCGCUGUAUGCGAACACAGCCAUGGGUGUAAUCGACAGGCGUACAGAAGAAAUGGAUAGUGAUGCUAUACAUUUCCCAUUAAGAACGCAUGAGGAGUUGCGUUCUUUAGAGGCAGCUUUAGAAAACCAAAAAUACCGAGAUCAUUUCGUGGCAAGAUUAUGCAACCUAAUGUGUGACAAUACUCGGAAAUCAGCUAAAGCUUGUCUUCAAUACCUCCUGUCGCCGGAACUCGCGAACACUUACACUUUGCACGGAACCAGAAGUAAAUUUGGUAUUAGUAAGUACAAAUUUUACUCGACGGUUCAAAGUGCUUUGUGUUCACAUUUCCGAAGUGCAAGCUGCCCGGAAAAGGAAAUAUUACACGCCAUGGCUACAGCAAGCCAGGCCUUCUUGCAUGACGCAAGAGAUAAAGUACAUAAACGUGGAUGGCGAUCCAAAGAAAGGCUGGCUUCGCAGGCUUUAUCAGACGCUACUAACAUUAUCAAUGAUAGUUCUACGUCUACGUAAGGUGUUGCUGUUACAACGCAAUGAAAAACUUUGUAUAAAUGAUUCAUUUGUAAUUUUAUUAACUGUAAUAAACAUUUAUAUAUUUCAUAAAUCAGUCUUUUCAUAAUCGCGAUAAAUCGGUUAACAUUAGGUUUCAUUAACAAUGCGCGAUUGACGAAAAGUAAUAAGACAUCGCAGUAGGAAAUGUACGUAAGCAUUCUCCCUAGGUCUUCCGUGAUGUCGAUAGGCUUUCGUGAAGCUUUUGCGUUAAAACAGUUUUCCAGGAAAACCCAAAGGUUUGGGGAAGCUUCCCCAAAAUGAUAUAGCUAUCGUGUUCGUUUCCCUUUCACCUGGCUUCGCAGGCUUUAACAGACGUAACCAUAAUUUUUUUGUUCUUCU